AGAAGAAGCAACACCUGGAGUUUGACUCAAAGUGAUGUGGAGAUGAAGACUCUUGAACAUCAGGGACCACAAAGCUAAUCAAUGAUCUUCCUUCAGACAGAAUCGUCCUCUCAGAGUCCGGAGGUUGAUGGUGACGGCGUCUGAUUCGCCAGGAGCGUAAAUACUAUAAAAUCUAUAAAUUGUCCCAGAGCAUCCAUUCUCAGGACUUCUCUUGGUGGAGUCAGAGCACCUUCUGAAUUCUCUUCCGGUAGCAGCUUUAUUAUUUUCAAUUGCCUCAGGACUCCUUUGUAGAACCUGCUGGUGACAAGCUUUGGCCAAGGGGAUAUUUUGCACUUACCUUAAUUAAGAUGUUUUAAAAUAAUUGCUUGCGAAAUCACCAGACGCCUCCUCCUCCACCGCCUCCUGCUCUUCAGAUCCCGCGGCUGAAGAUAGAUGAAGUUAAGUGCACAUUAAAGUUUUAUUAAUAGACGGUAAUGACAUUUGUAUUUGGGAGUUGAGGAGAGAACGGUCACGCCUGAAGCCGAGGUGGAGCCACCUGUUCUGGAUCAUUGGAGAUACCAAAGACUAUAUAUUUUUGGAUAUAAAAAGAUAGCUUGUAAUGCCAAAAACUGUUGUGGUCGAAAAACGUGGAGGAGGGUCUUACUACCUAAACUUCUAAGAUAGUCGUGUUGGACAUGCUAGUCCUUGUUUUACCAUGGAAACAAUUAGACAGCUGACGCCUCCAGAGUUAUGGUCAUGUUCCUCAACACCAAGUGCCAGGCGACGGCGCCUGAAGCUGAAAAAAGGUCAGUGGUUAGUGGAGUCAUGCGCUGGGAGCGAGACAGAAGGGACACCGGUCAGAGGAAAAGCUCUGACGCCCCCUGCCAUAGAGGUGACUCCAUCCAGCGAAGAUGAUGCAUGGUCAAACUGCUCCACACCGAGUGCUUCACCUAAGAGGCGCCGAGGUCUGCUGAAGAAAUGGCUGAGUAGAAAAGACGGAGGAGGAUGCUCUGGCAGCAUCACCCCACGCAGCACGCCCAGUAACUCCCCCGCUACGCGGAAGCGCUUGACUGGUAUCGAGCCGGAAAAUAUGGUGGAGAAAGUAUCGGAGAACUUGUUUGAGAAGACUCAGAGCGCGCAGAGCCCCACGUCGCCACCUCCAGGAGCAGUGCCCACCGCCCUCCAGAGCAUUGCCCAGCUGCCCAACUCCCAGCCCGGUACACCGCUCCCGCCACAGCUCAGCGGGAGGGCGUCUAUAUGGAACAGCAAGAAGAUCCAGAGCUUCUACAGCAUGCUGAGCCCCAAUUACAAGCAGCGCAAUGAAGAUUUCCGCAAGAUCUUCAAGAAAUUGCCCGAUUCGGAGCGACUGAUUGUGGAUUACUCCUGCGCUCUGCAGAGAGACAUCCUCCUUCAGGGAAGACUCUACCUAUCGGAGAACUGGAUCUGUUUCCAUAGCAACAUAUUCCGCUGGGAAACCACCAUCACCAUCCAGCUGAAGGACAUCCGGUGCAUCAAGAAGGAGAAGACGGCAAAAGUUAUUCCUAACGCCAUUCAAGUGUGCACCGAAAACGAGAAGCACUUCUUCACUUCCUUCGGAGCCCGGGACCGUUCUUUCCUGCUGAUAUUUCGUCUCUGGCAGAAUGCCCUUUUAGAUAAGACGCUGUCCCCCCAGGAGUUGUGGCACACAGUCCACCAGUGCUAUGGUACCGAGCUCGGCCUGACCAGCGAGGAUGAGGACUACGUGUCACCGCGAGAGCUGCUCAAUGGCCUGGGGGUCAGUGAAGAGUAUCCCGAGGGCCCAGAUCUGAGUGACACGUCUACCCGCAGCAGCCCCAAGCUGCCGAUCAUUGACUCCUUCACCUCACUUACCAGCAGCGGAGAAGGAUUGCUCACGCCAGAAGACAUGGCCGGACAGUCGGACGCUCUCUCGGACUCUCAGUUAGAUGGUUCCUCCAGUCAGACUGUGACUCCUCUCUCAGAGAUGGCUGGAUCGGGACUUCUGGACUCCCUGCCCGCUCUAGACCUUCUCCCCGGAGAGGAACUUCCCACAGACCAAAGUAACAACUCCUCCUCUAGCUCCACACAGGACGAGGAAGCUAUUUGCCUCGGUAAAGAUGCCCUGACCUCCGACCUGCCGGGCCGCCUGCACAUUAACACGGUGUAUCACCUCAGCGCGGAGCGGAUGCAGCAGGCGCUGACCGCGGACAUCCGCUUUAUAACCGAAUUCCUGCAGGAGAGAAAGUUCACAGAUAUUGUCGUGAACCCCUGGGUACCGGACAGCAGUGGUAAACAGUCUCGUAUUAUCACCUAUACCAUUCCCAUCAAUAACCCACUGGGGCCAAAAACAGCCAAUGUUGUUGAGACACAGAUGUUGACUUACAGUCUGAAGGGGUCACUAUGCAUCCUGGACUCACAGGUGGUCACCCACGGCAUCCCCUAUCAGGAUUAUUUUUACACCGCUCAUCGAUACUGCAUGACCAGCGUGACCAAGAAUAAAGCACGACUCAGGGUGUCCUCAGAGAUCUGUUACCGGAAGCAGCCUUGGAGCCUGGUACGAAGCAUUAUCGAAAAGAACUCCUGGAAUGGGAUGGACGAGCACUUUCGACAGCUUGCGGACACAAUGGUUAAAUUCGAACAAUCCUGCGUGGAGGAGCUGGGAGUCAGAGAAAAGCCAACGUUACGGCGUCGGAAGAGAACAUUGAGCUGGAAGAAUCAUCUUGUAGACCCACUAAACACAGUCAGUCCACCCCUGGACAGUGUGAGAGCGACCCGUCACUCCAGAACAUCAGGCAGCAUUUCUUCUCAGCUCUCCCACCUGUCUGACAGAGGAACGUCGCAGAACAUCCCUACGGCCCUCUUCAUCAUCAGUAUUGUGUUAUUGGUCCUGGUGGUUCUUAAUAUGAUGCUCUUUUACCGUUUGUGGUCUCUGGAACACACAGCUCGGACCUUUCAGACGUGGCAGAGUUAUGCUGUGUCCCAAGGGAGGUUUCCUCAGACAUCAGCGGAAUGGGCGGAAAUACUUGAGCUUCAGAAACGUUUCCACAGCACUGAGGUCCAGAAGUGGAAGCAGACGCUGCGGACGUCAGUACAGCUGCUAGACGAGAUGAGAUCUUCUUUGCAGAGACUACAACAGGGGGUUUUGUUGAAUGAUGCCACCACCACAGCAACUCAAGAAGAAGAUGCGCUGUCAUGACCCUUGAUCUUCUUACAUAAUUCCUAUGGGACACUUCUGCCGAGGAGGACACACUUCACUGAGCAGAUCCUGGAAGAGCAUUUGCUCUCGAAGACAAGUUCGGUGACAUGAGCACUUGAUAGCGGCGUAGCUUAACGCUUUGCUGUAGGGAUUGGAGGGCUGGAUACCAUUUCCCUUCAAGAAUAAGUUAACGGGAUACAAGUCUACUUGAUGAUGAGAUGUACUAUAAGCUGCAGUAUGGGGAGAAUGGAUGCUCCCUAGAGGAGAAUAAAUCCAAUUCUCACAACUAUUUAAAGAUGGUAUCAAAGGGAACUUUUUUUUUUUUUUGUCUGGGAAAUAUUAGUAUUUUUGUUUUGGAGAGAGACUCGAAAAGAAGGCAAACCUUAUAAUGUUUUGGUUGAAAUUCCUACCACCGUUGGCAGUAAAAGACUCGCCGCGAUGACCUAUUUGGAAACGUAACCUUUUGAUAUGAACAUGGCCAAUAUGGAGGGCUGUGAUUGCUGUGGGGCAGGUUUCCCAUGAUACAGAGUUGGCAUUCCUAUAGUAAGGACCUUCAUGACUACCUGGAAGUUGCCUUUUUGGUUUUCGCCAUAGUUCAACACUCCAAGGAACCUUUUAUUGUGGUCUCGCGGAAUUGCCGUUAAAAUGAGGUGUGUCAGACACCAUCACUGGGCAUAAUGAUGUAUGCUUCAGCAUUAUGUUUGACAUUUUAUUUAAUUUUUUCCUAAUUUCUAGAGUAGAUUCUUACAGUCUGGCCUAGGGGUCAUUUCAAUAACUCCAAAUCAGCACUGUGAUUCUAAUUUUUGACCAUGAACACAUUCCUGCUAAUGAAUCAAACGCCCGCCCCUCCUCCACCUUCAACGGAAUGUAGUUUUAUCAAGGUAUUAUUUGUAAAAAGCACUUCGUGCUGUUAUGCCGAGAGCUGAACCCCGAGUGCCUCUUUUGCAGUUCAUGAAUGUUAUCCCUAGUUGAAGCCUCGCAUUUUUCAUACUCUCCAGCGCAAACCAGCUUUGUUCUAGAAUUGUUAGGUAUUUAUUUAUUUUAUUGUAAUGAGAUGACCUCUUCUCUAGCAGAAGAGGUUCCUUUUAUUAGCCAUGUUUUAUGCCCCUUAUUUCUUUCGUAAAGUAAAUCUUUUACCUACAGACCGGAAGAAGCAUCGAUCUGUGGAUUUGAACUUAGCUCCCUCAGAACACAAGGGUGAACAUUACUACGGUUGCCUGGAAUGAGUGUUUAUGCAUUCUCCUUAUUAUGAUCCUGUGUCUAUAAACAUUUAGAUAGCAUAUUUUUUUUUUAUGCGACAGGGUUAGGCACAAGCUCAAUAACUUGAAAUGCAUAAGAUUGGGUGCUUAUAGAUUUGUUUUUGGCCCUCUGUAGAUGGGGACUUGGCCCUCGAAGCAACUUGAGUUUUCACUUGGCACAAAUGGCAGCAUGAUGAAACUCUCCAUGGAUCUUGUAUCACAAACUCAUUACGCAUCCAUGGUGAGAUUAAAAAAGCUAAUUGUUGGUGUUUUUGCUGGUGGCAACCCAUCUUGAUCGGUUGUUUGAAGGGAGGGUGCUGCAUAAUUUCAACUCAAUCUCCUGGUAUGGCUGCCACAGGGUGGCACAUACCAGAGGUCCAUUGUUUUCAAUGGGUGUACAUGCUACCAUUUGUUUACAUAGAUCAUACCUUCCGUUUUCCAGUUUUGAGAAUUGUGCUGGAUGCAGUUUUCACCUUUAGUGAAUAGAAGGGUCUUCAGGUAGAAACCUCCCCCCCAGAACCACAAAUAGUUGCUCUACUUACUUAGAGCAUACUCAAGGCAACCUCAUCUAGAACCCAUGGCACUCAAGUGAACCUGUCCCCCUUCCCCACACACACAAAUUGUCUGCUUUCACUGUAGGUGACAGGGGCACUUUAAAUUUCACAAAGGAGCCUUCAUUGAAAACCAUUUAUUAUUGGUUCCGUUAUGUCCCUAAUUGCAUUUUUUUUCGACCAAUGUUAAUUUAUUUUGCUGGAACACAGAUGACCUUUAUGUGCGUUUUAAUUUAUUAUUCUUGUCAAACACCUGAAAAGUAUUUUAAAUUAAGUUUAUCACUGCCGCAUAUACCACUGGGGUCCUCUCUGCAGAACCCUAUGUCACUGCCAGAACCCCCAGAUUAUGUUUGUGCAUGAUUUGUAUAUGAAGGAGGCAGGAAGAGAUGUGACUUUGGGCUGGACCCAUUGAUAUUCAUGUGCGUAAAAUACCUCACCAGGCUGUAUUCGCAUAAAACAUGGAAGAAUUAAAGCUAGGACCUUUUGUACUGGCACUUUAUACAGAGCGCUUCCUUAUUACAACAUAUCUAAUGGCAGGUGACUCGAAGGUUUACAAGCCUUGCUUAUCAAGUCACGGUCUUUAAGACUUGGUUUUCUAGCCUAGACCUUAAAUCCUAGGACUUAAAGCCUUGGUCUUUAAACCUAGAUCAUUAUGUUUUAGUCUACUAGCCUUGGUCAACUAGCCUACAUUGUCAAGCCUUGGUCUUCAUGACCUGGUUUUCAAGCUUUGGCUUUUUAAGCCUUGGUAUAGUAGCCUAGGUCAUCAAGCCUUGGUCUUCAUAACCUGGUCUACAAGCCUAGUUUGGGUUGUCAGUCCUUUGUCUUUAAGCCGAGGUUUUCAAGACUUGACCUUUUAAGUUUCUUUAGGAUUUGGCAUAUGAAUGUAAAAAAUAUGUGAUAUUGUAUUAUUUGCAAUACUUAACCUCUUAUGAUAUUUUUGGUAUGCCAUCCCUUCACCCCAAACCUAAGCUUCAUUCUUAGGCUUUGCAGUCAAAUUAAAAUGGGAACUCCACCAGCUUCUUGGCUUUCAUACUAUUAGCCAUGUUUUCGUUUAGAAAUGAGAAGUUGCCUAUCGAUGACUACUUUUGGUAUUACGGGUGGUAGCACCACUCCUCUGUAUUUAUUUUGCUUGGCCAAACCAAUAGCAAAAACAAUAAUAGGUGGUUCCGUCAAGCUCAACUAUGUAGACUGGAGGUCUUAAUUUUUAAUAUGACCAGAACAAUGUCUGCAUGUUCUCACCAUGUAUCCAGGGGCUCGGUGCUGCCGUUUCCUUCUCCAACCCAAAAACAUACUUGGGUGAAUUUACUUCCUAUCCAAUUGGCCGUGGCAUGUAUGUGUCUUAUAUAAGGAAAUUGGAUUGAAAGGUUGCACAGAGACUAAACCCAAUGGUCAUGAAUACACCAUGUGCUGUUAUAAAUAGAAGGUAUGCAAUGGAUACAUGCUGUUCUGUGGAGUUCCCCUUUAAGAUAAUCAAGACAGGAUUAUAAUGUAAUGACUGUACCUUGAACCAUUUUGCUGCUGGGUACUGCCGUGGCUUGUGUUUGAAAAGCAGUCGGAUGAACACAUCAUGCUGGGGUGCUCUCUAAGGUGCUAUCAGGUCUGUGGUUGGUAUUUCCAGUAGCAGCUGAUAGACCUCCCUUGACAACACCUGCAAAAAAAAAAAUCUAAUAAAUUUGGGAAGAAAUCUUAUCUCUCAUAUGUGCUGUACCUCCCUAUGACUUGAAGAUAAAAGGGUAACAGUCAUCUAGUAUUCCUUUUCUUCAUUGGCCACCUUCCCGCCUCUUUUUCACACUGUAUUAAUGUUUUUUGCACAAAUCCAUGUACUGUCACUUUAAAGAUCUUACUCUGAAUAUUCUAGUAGUAUGAAGUGCAGUUGUAUAAAGGGGUUGAGUAAGGUUGGGUCCAGUUUAUGAUAAUUUUUGGGGAGUUUUGUAGUUUCCCAGAUAUAGUUGGGUUGGUUAGACACUUAUAUUGACCACAUUGGUGUCCUCCACGUCCGACAGUUGCCCCAGUACUAUUAUAUACCACAUGAUCUAUUACAUAAACAACCAGUUUGGGGGAUAAUUUUACUGAAUGGGAAUCGUAGUACUAAUUUUCAGUAGUCCCUUUCAUCAUAUUGUUGAAAGUUCAGCCCCUUUCCCUUUCUCCUUCUCAUACAGUUCUUCUAGCCCCUGGCAGUGCAGGUUUAGAUACACUUGAAUACACUGUGUGUGAAUAUUUUGUCAACCUGCUAAUAUUUAUUAAAAAAUCAUUUGAAAGUU